AUGGGCAGGAAGAAGAGGUUGAAACUAUCUAAUCGAGCCGGGGCGAGUUUAUUCAGGGUCAGUUUGGGAGCUUUGGCCCCACGGUCAAAGGUAGCUGCAGUUCAGACUGAGCCUUAUGCAGAGAUGGACCAGGUCUCCUUCCCGCCUCUGUCCCGUGUUGUGGUCUCUGGUGGGACUCAUGGAAAUGAGCUGUCUGGCGCUUACAUUGUGAGACAGAUGCAGAAAGAGAACUCGGAUCAAACCGGUUCCAUGUCCGUCUGCCCCAUCCUCAACAACCCCCCAGCCAUCGAUGCUUGCAGGAGAUACAUAGACACAGACCUCAACCGAUGCUUUACAGAUGCCCUACUGAAUGCUCAGCUCACAGACACCUCUCCCAGUGAACUCAGGCGGGCCCAUGAGCUCAACUCUCUGCUGGGGCCCAAAGGAAGUGAGGGGGCCGUGGACCUGCUGUGUGACCUGCACAACACUACCUCCAACAUGGGGCUGUGCUUCAUCCUGAACGUGCUCGACUGGAUCCCCCUCCACAUCGUCAAAUACGUGCAGAACAAGAUGCCCUCUGCUCCUUCAAGACUAAUCCAUACCAAUGCUACAAAAUCUGAGGGUUAUUCUGUAGAUUCUGUGGCGAAACAUGGCUUUGCCAUUGAAGUCGGUCCUCAGCCGCACGGCGUUCUCAGAGCCGACGUCUACAACAUGAUGAAAGAGGCGGUGGGGCACACUCUGGAAUGGCUCAAUGAGUUUAAUACUGGAACAACAUUUCCAGGUGGAGAGAUGGAGGUAUUUGUGCGUGAGAAGGCCGUGGACUACCCCAGAGACCCGGAGUCUGGGACACCUGCUGCUGUCAUUCACCCCGAGCUCCAGGAUAAUGACUUCAAGCUCCUGCGACACGGCGACCCCAUGUUCAAGUCGUUUUCUGGUGAGACGCUGAACUAUGAGGGGGAGGACCUGUACCCAUUCUUUAUCAAUGAAUGUGCAUAUUAUGAGAAGCACGUUGCCUUUUGCUUAGCCAAACGGAGAACAAUUACACUUCCAUCGAUACAGGUGAAGGAAACAUGA